UCCUGCUAAUCAUAAAAGUUGCAACCUUGCGCUACAAUCAGCUUCCAACAACUUAACGGUGAAUUUCAGUUACUGCAGCUGCAUGAGCCAGUUGUCUGAAUCUUGUGAUACAAUGCUGUGGAAGAUGGAACAUUUUGAGAAACUCAAAGACAGUUUUCCGAAUGCCAAAUCAGGACUACUUCAGUUUUUGGGCAAUUUCUUACUGCUUCUAAUCCUUUAUGAAGUGGAACGUCGACUGGAGAAUGAGAUCCAAUGUCCAUGUGAUUUGCAAUCAAACACCCGCUACAUCUUAGUAGUGUUUGUUCUCCCUGCACUGUCACUGUUCAUCGUUGGUCUAUUGGUACAAAGUUAUUUACAGAAUUGGUGCCGUUUAGGGUGGAGCAAGCAGAAGAUACAGUACUGUCCACCCCCGUCUUUAUUCAUCCUGUUGACUGUGUUUAAAGCUUCAAUUCCAGCAAUAAUAUGGAUUGUUCUACUCUUCCUGAAUGGCAACUAUUACGCCUGUUUCGAGUUAAUCGGGAAAAACGAAACUGCAUGCGGGUGGAAAUGCAAUGACAAUCCCUGUGAAAUUCUACAAAGCCUCUGCAUUGAAUCACAACUCAUCGGAGGCCUUGCACUGGUCAUAUUGUUGACUGUGUUCGCAGUCCUCUACUUUCUUCAAUGCUAUUCCAGCUGGAAGAAGAAAUACAUGUUUAAAUAUGAUUGCAAACAUGAAAAAGUGGAAGCGAAGUUGUUGAGGGAAAAAUCGAAAACCGAAGCAACCGAAGCUGCAAAAGAAACGUGCAAAAAUAUGAUGUUGAAGCUAUUCCCAAAAGAUGUUCAAUUUCAACCAGCGCCCAGUCAUGAAAACAUAAAUAUGAAUUCCCAGCAGGUUUCCCAGGACCCCUCCACAGCACAAUAGUCAGCAAACAAAAAGGAUCAUACCAAGAGGAACGUUAAAUCACAGCUAUUGUUGGAGGUGGGGCCGAAUGCAGUAGACCUCCCGUGUGGAAUGGAAGUGAAAAUAUGUACUCGACUUUUACUAAUUGUUAAUUACUGGUGUGUUUGUAUAAAUACCUUUCUUUAGCCCAAGAGAUCACCAUAUUCAUGUGACAUCUGAUGUCUGAUUAAAUAAAU